CCCCCACCCUUUGUCAAUGGGCCAUUAAGGCCUGGGCCAGUCUAUUCUACAUAACAAAGAUCUGCCUCCUUCAGGCAGAGCCAUAGUAGGAAUUGCCAAAAAUGGGAUUAGCCCUCUACACAAUAGCAGCAGAAACUCACCACAUGUGACCUGGGAAGCACAUGUGACCAUCAGCCAGCAAGGCCCCCACCCCCUGGGAGUCUGACAACCAAUCAGGAUACUCUUUCGGGGCCCCAAGAAAUGCAGAGCCAGAGAGAGCAUAAAAACCCGAGGAUUUACUGUAUCUCCCCUUUUUCUGUUCAGGAACUCAAGCCAUGUGAUCCUGUCCACCAUUAAACCAUCUUUCCAAGCAGUCUCCAUGUUUCCAGUGUCUGUUUCCCCACUUGGAGCAGGACCUAGAAGGAUGUUUCUUCCAACAGUGGGAAGGGCUGGGGCUAACGAGUGCACCGGAAACAUCUCCUGGCGCCCGGAGAGACAGAAAUCCUGGCCCUCGCUGGAUCAGCUGAUCCGCAGGCCGCGAUUAAGGGGCCCAGCAGCCAUGAGAUUGUUCUCUUGUGAAGGACCAUGUGGGAUCCCAAUGCAGGGCAGCCAGGUGUCUUCCCUGGAGCAGCACAUCCCCCCCAACCCUUCUUAUCCAGGUGGCUUCAAUCCUGCAUACCCACCUCCUGUGAACCCUGCAUUCCCUCCAGUACCUAUGCCUGCUGGCCCCUGCCCUGUUCCCCCAGUUGGGAUCCCAGGGCAACCUGCCUAUCCCCCAGGCCAUCCCAUUCAGCCCCCGUAUCCUGGUCAUCAGCCUAUCCUGCCUGGUGGUCCUUUGCCCCCACCUGUUCCUGGGAUGCCGGGAGGAAUAGGAGUCAAUCCAUUGCUGCCUGGGGCUGCUGCUGCGGGCGUCUACGUGACGGACAAGAAAGCUGCUAAAAAGAUGAAAAAGAAGAUGAAGAAGGCACACAAGAUGCAUAAACAACACAAACACCACAAGCACUCCUCCUCCUCUUCCUCCUCUUCCAGCAGCAGUGAUUCUGACUGACGUGUCUCCCUACUUUCCAGCUGCAUCGUUUUCCACCAUGGCUGAUCCUUGCACUGCUCUUCCUGCAUUCAUAGAAAAUUCACUAGAUUGGUUUCUAGAUAAAAAUGACAUCUGCUUGCUUUUUGUCUGCCCUCCAAGAUGGCCAGGCAUCAAGCUUAUUCAUAGGACUGGUGCCGCUGAUUAACCAGCCUGCUGUGAUCGACUGUUUGGGAGGCUAGGCCACUAUUGGGCUCCAAAGCAGUAUAUCUGCACCUGUUGGCAAUUGUGAUUAUACAUUUCUGCAGACAAUCAAAUCAUCUCCUGGCGCUCCAGAUGUUUUAUUGGGAACCAAUCAAAUGAUUAUUUUCAGGUUGGUUGGGAAGUCCAAAUCCACCCAAGUGCUUUUAAAAAUUAUCCUUCACCAAAGUAGUUCUUGAAUGUUCAUGUAGUCGUGCCUGGAAAAAGGACAAAAAAGAGAUUUGCUCGAUAUUUUAACUUCAUUUGGAAAGUUGCUUAUUUAAUAUAAACUAGAAUAAUCCACUUUUACAAAAUGUGCUGAAUCAGGGAUAAUGGCAUAACUCUAUGCAUGCAGAAAUUCAUUGUGAGAUUUCCUUCUCUCUGCCACUCAGAAAUAUACAUACGUUCAUGUAUUUAUGGCAUAUUUUAGUAAACUUAAUUUCUUCAGAAUACAAACAUUUUGGUGGCUCAUGGUUUGCUUCACUGAAACACUUUGUUCAUGGCUACAAUCUUAAUUUGCUUGAAGUUUGUAUUUAAUUUGUGAUAGCAGUAUCUUAGUAAAUUGCUCCAGGGUAUUGAAAGAUCAUGCUACAUACAUAUUGCAUAAUAUGUUACAAACUUCUGCAGUUGGAAGAAGCAUUUUCUCAUUCUUCAGUUCAACAUUGCUGAUGCCCCAUUUAAACUGGCUGCUUAUAUAAUACAUAGAUGUGUUUCUAAAAUGAAAGGAGAAGAUUGCAGUUAGCCAGUUUUUAAAGAGAAACAACCACAUCAUUACACAGCAUGGCACAAUUUGAGAUCUGCAUUGGACUUCCAAUAACCUUGAUUGGGGAUUCAAAAGCCCCUCCAGAAGUACCCACCAAAGUAUAGCAUUUAAUGGGACAAAAAAUACAUAAAAUAUAUUGGAAGUAACUUUAGUAAUUGUGUUUAAUCAUCAGGUUUAAGUAAAGGGAUUAGUGUGUAAAUCAAAGCACUUUUUAUUGUGUACAUUUUGUGUCUUGUAUGUCAGAAAGACUGAACAAAAAUUUCACAACUAUCAUUCCUGAAAAUUGUGUAUCCCUAAGUUGCACAAUGCCUACGAUGUUGAACUUAAAAGUAUCAUGUCUUGUUCGAAAUGUUGUGUUCUAUUUUACAGAGUCUUUUUCUGGCCAAUGAUAAUAAUUACAAGUCUGAUUUUUGCUUGUCCUAACCUUGCUUCUCCCUUGAUAAAAGAUUUUGGCUUUAAUGCUCAA